AUGUGCGGCAUCUUGGGCUACGCGAACAGCAACGUGCCACGCACGGUGGAGCAGAUCUUGGACAUUCUUCUUCGCUGUAUUCAGAGGGUGGAGUACCGCGGCUACGACAGCGCAGGCCUCGCCAUCGACGCAAACAUCGGCAGCGGCACGGAGGACGGCACCGCCGCCAGUGCGCCGACGCCGCGCCCUUGUGUGGUGCGCAGCGUCGGCAACAUUGACCAGCUCCGCAAGAAGGUGUUCAGCGAGGCGGUCGCCGCGACGCUGCCACCGAUGGACGCCACGACGAACCACCACGUUGGCAUUGUGCACACGCGGUGGGCCACGCACGGUGUUGUGUGCGAGCGCAACUGUCACCCACAGCAGAGCAACAACGGCGAGUUCACCAUCGUGCACAACGGCAUCGUCACGAACUACUCCGCGCUGAAGGGGCUCCUCACGGCGGAGGGGUACGUCUUCUACUCCGGCACCGACACAGAGGUUAUUAGCGUCCUCUCCGAGUACCUGUACACGCGCAAGGGCGUCCACCAGUUCGCCGACCUGCUGCUGGAGCUGUCGAACAUGGUGGAGGGAAGCUACGCGUUGCUUAUCAAGAGCAUCUACUUUCCUGGUCAGGUGGCGGCGAGCCGCCAGGGAUCGCCGCUGAUGGUCGGCAUCCGGCAGACAGACAACCGCGGCUGCGUGGUGGAGCUGCAGUCGUGCGACUUCACCGACCCAUCGGGGCCGCUCGAGGUGUUCUUCUCCUCCGACUCGAACGCGUUCGCCGAGUACACGCGCGACGUUGUGUACCUCGAGGACAACGACAUUGUUCACUACUGCGACGGCGCACUGCGCUUCUACAACGUAGCGGACCGCAAGAAGUCCAUCAUCAAGCGCGAGGUGCAGCACCUGGGGACGAAGCUGGAGGGUCUGUCCAAGGGCAACUACGCGCAUUUCAUGCUCAAGGAGAUCUACGAGCAGGCAGAGUCCGUCAUCAGCUCCAUGCACGGCCGCAUCGACUUCAGUAGCGGGACAGUGCAGCUCGGCGGCUUCACCCAGCAGAACAUCCGCGCCAUUCUCGCCAGUCGCCGCAUCCUCUUCAUCGCGUGCGGUACCUCGCUGCACAGCUGCAUCGCUGUGCGGCCACUCUUCGAGGAGCUCGUGCCACUGCCGAUAUCCAUCGAAAAUGCCUCCGACUUCAUUGACCGCAGGCCGCAGAUCCAGCGGAACGACGCGUGCUUCUUCAUCUCGCAGUCCGGCGAGACCGCUGACACGCUCAUGGCGCUGAAGCUGUGCAGCGAGGCUGGCGCGAUGUGCGUCGGCGUCACGAACGUCGUUGAGUCUAGCGUCAGCCGGCUGACGCACUGCGGCGUCCACCUGAAAGCUGGCGUCGAGGUCGGUGUGGCGUCAACGAAGGCAUACACGUCACAGGUGAUCGUGAUGACGCUGGUGGUGCUCUUGCUCAGCAGCGACUCGGUGCGGCUGCAGGAGCGCCGCAACGAGAUCUUGCGCGGUCUGUCCGAGGUGCCAGCAAAGAUUACCGAGGUGCUCAGGGUCACACACGACCCCAUGAAGGCGCUGGCGGCGCGCCUGAAGGAGAGCCACUCCGUCAUUGUGCUCGGUCGCGGCUACGACCUGGCUACCGCGAUGGAGGCGGCGCUGAAGGUGAAGGAGCUGAGCUACGUUCACAUGGAAGGCAUUCACAGCGGCGAGCUCAAGCAUGGGCCGCUCGCGCUGAUUGAUGAGACGGUGCCGGUGCUGGCGAUGUGCACAAAGGACAAGCACUUCGACUUGAGCAAGGCAGCGGUGCAGCAGGUGAACGCUCGCAACGGCUCCGUCGUCGUCUUCACGACCGAGGUAGACGCUGAGCUGAGGGCGGCCGCGAGCGAGAUAGUCCUUGUUCCAGCGACGGUGGACUGCCUUCAGUGUGUCAUCAACGUUAUUCCGUUCCAGUUGCUUGCCUACUACAUGGCGCUGCUGCGCGGCAAUAACGUUGACUGCCCGCGCAACCUGGCCAAGAGUGUCACCGUGCAGUAG